UGCUUAGUUUCCGUAUCACAAUAAUCUUAGUAUUUCUCCAGCAAACCGUGAUGGAGGAAGUGGCCCGGGCGUCUCGUAAAUCCUAAACUUUAUAGCGCACACGUUCGGCUCCCUCUGCAGAGGACGGUGACUUGCGAGAUACGUACAAAUGCUUCUUUUGUGACGGGGGCGUGGACGGAUCUGUGGAAAACAUGGGUGAUCCCCAAGUACCAGGGAUAACCGACAUAAAAAAGCCGGAGGAAGUCGUCAGAAUGGCAAUGAACGACAGUCUCAAGUUCGCCGUGCUCAUCGGACUCAUUGAGGUGGGACAGGUGUCGAACAGAGAAGUCGUCAACACCGUAUUGCAUCUGCUGGUGGGGGGAGAAUUCGACAUGGAACUGAACUUCGUUAUCCAAAACGCAACAAACAUAAAACACAUGCUAGAUCUGUUGGACCAUUGCCCUCCAAAUCUACAGGCCGAGAUAUGGAGUGUGUUCAUUGCUAUUUUAAGAAAAAGCGUACGGAAUUUACAAGCCUGUACUGAAGUUGGCCUCAUUGGGCAUGUUCUUCAACGUUUGACCCAAGCAGAUCUAGUAGUUGCAGAUCUUCUGAUUGACAUGCUCAGCGUGCUUGCUAGUUACAGUAUUACCGUUAAAGAACUUAAACUACUAUUUGGAUCUAUGAAAGCAACAAACGGAAAAUGGCCAAGACAUUCAACAAAGCUACUCAAUGUAAUAAGACAAAUGCCGCAGAGAAACGGGCCAGAUGUAUUUUUCAGUUUUCCUGGAAAAAAGGGUUCUGCAAUAGUUUUACCACCAUUAGCUAGAUGGCCAUACGAAAAUGGUUUCACCUUUACCACUUGGUUUAGAUUAGACCCUAUAAAUUCUGUUAACAUUGAACGAGAGAAACCGUAUCUAUAUUGCUUUAAAACAAGCAAAGGUGUUGGCUAUUCAGCACAUUUUGUUGGAAAUUGCCUUGUACUUACAUCCAUGAAGAUAAAAGGGAAAGGUUUUCAGCAUUGCGUUAAAUAUGAAUUUCAACCGAGAAAGUGGUAUAUGAUAGCUAUUGUCUACAUCUACAACCGUUGGACGAAGAGCGAAAUCAAAUGUCUUGUAAAUGGACAGCUUGCAUCAAAUACUGAAAUGGCCUGGUUUGUGUCAACUAAUGAGCCGUUUGACAAAUGCUACAUUGGAGCAACUCCCGAAUUAGACGAAGAGCGCAUAUUCUGUGGACAGAUGUCUACAGUGUACCUUUUUAGUGAAGCAUUGACAACUCAUCAAAUAUGUGCAAUGCAUCGCUUAGGUCCAGGUUACAAGAGUCAGUUUCGAUUUGACAAUGAGUGUCAUUUAAGCCUACCAGAAAAUCACAAGAGGGUGAGUGACGGAAACAAGGAUUCCACAGAUCAACAUUGCACGACACCUGUGAAUGCUGUUUUAUACGAUGGUAAAUUAUCAAGUGCGAUUGUCUUUAUGUACAAUCCUGUUGCUACGGACAGUCAACUCUGCUUGCAAUCAGCACCCAAAGGGAACACAUCAUAUUUUGUGCAUACCCCACACGCUUUGAUGUUGCAGGAUGUCAAAGCUGUGAUCACACACUCAAUUCACAGCACAUUAAAUUCAGUUGGGGGUAUUCAAGUGUUAUUUCCCCUUUUUUCCCAACUUGACAUGCCCUAUGAUUCAAUCGAGAGCAGGCGUGAUCCAACAUUAUGUUCCAAGUUACUAGGAUUUAUUUGCGAACUUGUCGAAAGUUCUCCAACUGUGCAACAACAUAUGAUCCAAAAUCGUGGCUUUCUCGUGAUCAGUUAUAUGCUCCAGCGUUCGUCUAGAGAGCAUCUUACGCUGGAAGUCCUGAGCUCUUUCCUUGGCUUGACAAAACACUUGGUUACCUGCUUAAGUUCAAACAGUGAACUUUUACUGAAGCAGCUUCUUGAUCAUGUACUGUUUAACCCUGCUUUGUGGAUUUACACGCCGGCAGCUGUACAUACUAGAUUGUAUUCGUACCUUGCUACAGAAUUUUUAGCUGACACGCAAAUAUAUUCUAACGUUCGCCGUGUCUCGACUGUCUUACAGACAAUCCAUACCUUGAAGUAUUAUUAUUGGGUCGUAAACCCAAGGACAAAAAGUGGAAUAACUCCUAAAGGAAUCGAUGGACCACGGCCAGCUCAAAAAGAUAUUUUGGGCGUUCGUGCGUUUAUAUUGAUUUUAUUGAAACAAUUGAUGAUGGGUGGGUCGGGAGUUCGAGAAGAUGAACUUCAAAGUGUUCUCAAUUACGUAUCUACCGUUCAAGAGGAUGAAAAUUUGCAUGAUGUCGUUCAGACACUCAUUUCUCUGCUAUCUGAGCAUCCGGCUGCCAUGGUGCCCGCUUUUGACGCCAAACACGGCGUUAGAUGCGUCUUCAAACUUCUCUCAUCACAAAGUCACCUCAUUAGGCUGCAGGCCUUAAAACUGCUUGGCUUUUUCCUAAGCAGAUCUACACACAAGAGAAAGUAUGAUGUAAUGAGCCCUCAUAAUUUGUACACAUUACUUGCGGAAAGAAUAUUAUUAAAUGAAGAAACAUUGACGUUGCCCACAUACAACGUUCUUUAUGAGAUAAUGACAGAACAUAUAAGCCAACAAAUUUUGUACACACGGCAUCCUGAACCAGAAUCACAUUUCAGAUUAGAAAAUCCAAUGAUUUUAAAAGUCGUCGCAACACUUAUAAGACAGUCAAAACAAACAGAGCAACUUUUAGAAGUCAAAAAACUGUUCCUGUCUGAUAUGACACUUUUGUGCAACAAUAAUCGGGAGAAUCGAAGAACGGUUCUUCAAAUGUCUGUUUGGCAGGAAUGGUUGAUAGCGAUGGCCUACAUUCAUCCUAAAAAUGCAGAAGAACAAAAAACAUCGGAUAUGGUAUAUUCGCUUUUUCGCAUGUUACUGCAUCAUGCCAUUAAACAUGAAUAUGGAGGCUGGAGAGUGUGGGUUGAUACUUUAGCCAUAGUCCAUUCAAAGGUAUCAUACGAAGAAUUUAAAUUACAAUUUGCUCAAAUGUAUGAACAUUAUGAAAGACAGAGAUCAGACAAUAUAACAGAUCCGGCAUUGAGGCAGCAGAGACCUAUAAGUACGAUCUCUGGUUGGGAACAUCAAGCUCUUCAUUCUUCUGUGUACCAGGACAUUCAUGAAAAUUCAGAAGAAAGUGAAGUAAGGGAAGAGAGGAGAAAUGACAGAUGGGCUAAUGAUAAAAAACAAGAUUCGGCUAACUUUUCAAUAGAAGAUUCACCGACUGCAACUACAAUGGCUCUUCACGACACUGCUGAAGUCAAUGUUCCAAGCAAUUCAGGCGAUUCAAACUGCGUGUUUCUCGUAGAAACUAACAAUUUGCCAUACACCAGGGAAGUGAGCUCUGAUGAAAAAGACAAAGAAGGAAACUACAUCACUGAAUCUAGUGAAAUGCAAAAUAGGAUGACUGAAACCACUUUGAAACUCGAUGCUGAUGAAAUGUCCAAUAUUGAAAAUUCAGGAGAAUUCAGCAAGAUAGGAGACAGUGAUAAUUCAGAAGUUUAUUUAACACCGACAGGCACUGAAGCUGACAAACGAGAACUUCAAAAUUCAGAUUACAUAGAAGAUAUCGAAUCCGUCCACCAAUUAAGUUCUGAAACGAAUGUCAUUUUGUCUGAAGCGAGUGAACUUAUCGAAUCUGUGGUUAGGGAGGCUACUGAAAGUAAAGUUAUUUGCUCAAAAUUUUCUGAAAAAUCUGAUGACACUUUAGAGCCUUCUGAGGAACUUAUUGAAACAAUUAUGCCGUCCAAUUUGACUUCGACAGAACUAGAAAGCUUUGUAGAUGGUGAGUCGAAUCUUUCUAGUCCUGAUGAAACAAUGAAUAAUUGUGCUCAAGAAGAUAUAGAUGACAGCAAGUCUGAUGUUAUUACUGACAGUAUGUUGUGUGAAAAUUUACAAAACCUAUCUCUUCCUGUUGACCAAGUGGAAAUAGAAAGUUCUCAAAAUGAAACACUUGGAGGGCAAGAAAAAGACGAAUGUGCAAACUCGAAAAAUGCAGAUGAUAAUGAUAAGGGCCAGGAGUACAAAAGCGAAUCCCAUGAAAUUUCAUCUAGUGUUCAAAUAUCACAAAAUGAAAAUUUCACUGAAACUCAGGCUGUAACUGAGUACAAAAAUGAUUUACCCAAAAAGAAUGAAGAAGUGUCUGAAACUCAGGCUGUAACUGAGUGCAAAAAUAGUUUAGUUGAAAAGAAUGAAGAAGUGAAACUUUCCGACACAGCAGAUCUUAACAACGAAGAAACUAAGAAAUUUGAUAAAGUUGAUGAACCAAAGCGCAAAGUGCCACAAGAUGCAAACGGAAGGCCUAUGUUUAGCCCUGGUCCUUCUCGGCCUCCAUUUAGAAUACCUGAAUUCAAAUGGUCUUAUAUCCAUCAGCGAUUACUCUCUGAUGUUUUGUUCUCAAUUGAAACAGACAUUCAAGUCUGGAAAAGCCACACUACUAAAUCUGUUCUCGAUUUUGUGAACAGCAGUGAAAACGCUAUCUUUGUAGUCAAUACUGUUCAUUUAAUAUCGCAACUGGCUGAUAAUUUAAUUAUUGCCUGUGGAGGCUUAUUACCUUUACUCGCAUCUGCAACAUCCCCUAAUAGUGAACUGGAUGUCAUGGAACCUACUCAAGGAAUGCCAAUUGAGAUUGCAAUCUCAUUUUUACAGAGACUUGUAAAUCUAGCUGAUGUUUUAGUUUUUGCAAGUUCUCUAAAUUUUGGCGAAUUGGAAGCGGAGAAAAAUAUGUCAAGUGGUGGAAUCUUACGACAAUGUCUUCGAUUGGUUUGCACGUGUGCAGUGAGAAAUUGCCUAGAAUGUAAAGAGAGGAGACGUCCUUUCAAUGGCACUUCAAUUGUAUAUAAUAAUAAAUCAGCCCACCUCCAAUCUUUAAUACGUGGUGUUCAAACAUCUCCUAAGAAUGUCGGAGAAACAACAAAUAAUCAAGGGAACCCUGUAAAAGAUCCAGAAAAACUGUUACAAGACAUGGAUGUUAACCGACUUAGGGCUGUCAUUUACAGAGAUGUCGAGGAGACAAAACAGGCACAAUUUUUAUCCCUUGCUGUUGUAUAUUUUAUCUCAGUAUUAAUGGUCAGUAAAUAUAGGGAUAUAUUAGAACCGCCUUUAGCACGAGUAGCCACUCCGCCUACCUCAGUUGGAAACCAACAUUCAGAAAGCCCUCCAGAUUGCAGUGGACCUCGACCUCUUUUCCCUCAAUGGUCGCAUCAUGUCUACCCUCAGUUCUUACCUAACUCACACCCUAAUGCGCCCCUACUUAGAAACAGCAAUAAUAACUACAGCAGCAACAACAAUAAUAACAACAAUAUCAACAAUGCUAAAGUGUUAAGAUACCCAAUUCUUCCUCGUCAAGAAGGAGAAUGUGAUGUAAUCGUUGUAGAUGAAAACAGCUCGUCUGUACUCAGCGGGAACCCUCCCGAAUCAACAGGAUCCUCUUCUGUCAAACGCUCCUCAUAUCCUCAUCAUUCAUAUGAAAUUGAGGACCAGCGGUAUAACGGAAGGCAUCAACAUUUCAACAUUUCCAAUAAGAGUGUUGGCUGUGUCGAAGAAGUGAUUUCUGUAACAUCUCUGGCAGCAAGUGAUGCUGAUAGUAUUACAACUGCCGACACAGUUCAUGAUGAUAACAAACUAUCGAAUAAUACGAAUGAAGAAAACUGGACCGAUGUUAAUCUCAAUGAAGAUACCGAUCACAGGAAUAUGCAUAACUUGCAAAUGAGAGGAAACUUGAGAGACAAUGAAGGCAAUGUUCCAAGGGACAGAAAUUUUGGUGAUGUCAGUGUUGUUGUUGUCGUGCCUGGUGCUAAUGAUGUACCGCAAAAUAUGCCUGAUGAUAUUGCUAUCAAAAAUCUUCCUUCGACGACCACUACGCCCACAACGACUCCGUCGAGAGAAGCCUCUUUGACCCAAAAGCUCGAAUCGGCUCUUGGUUCCGUGUGCCCUCUUCUACGCGAAAUAAUGGUGGAUUUUGCUCCGUUUCUUUCAAAAACUCUUGUGGGCUCUCACGGCCAGGAAUUGCUUAUGGAAGGCAAAGGACUAAUUACAUUCAAAAACAGCCAUUCUGUUGUUGAACUGGUCAUGCUGCUUUGUUCUCAGGAGUGGCAAAAUUCUCUUCAAAAACAUGCAGGACUUGCUUUCAUUGAACUUAUAAAUGAAGGAAGACUUCUGUCGCAUGCAAUGAAAGACCACAUUGUACGUGUUGCAAAUGAGGCUGAGUUCAUUCUGAACCGAAUGCGCGCUGAUGAUGUACUUAAACACGCUGACUUUGAGUCACAAUGUGCGCAAACACUGAUUGACCGUAAAGAAGAAGAAAGAAUGUGUGAUCACCUGAUAACAGCGGCUAGGAGAAGAGAUAAUGUUAUUGCUGGUCGACUGCUAGAAAAAAUUUGUAAUAUUUUGUCCAAUAAACAUGGUGCUUGGGGUUAUGUUGAUCCGGCAUCGACAAAGUUGUCGGAAUUUUGGAAACUCGAUUCUUGGGAGGAUGACGCUCGUAGGAGAAAACGGCUUGUGCACAAUCCGAGGGGGUCGAGUCAUCCUCAGGCAACGUUAAAAGCAGCUAUAGAGCAUGGUGCGCCAGAAGAUGCUAUUUUGCAGGCUCGGAAUGAAUUCCAUGCUCAGCUAGCAGCGACUUAUUCUCAACAAGUUCAGUCAACUGACUUCCUCGAUGAUGGAGACCUUCUAAGCGAUGAUAGAGAAUUAGACGUUGAUCUAACAGGUCCUGUAAAUAUGAGUACAAAAGCUAAACUUAUUGCACCUGGAAUCGUCGCCCCUGGAACUGUAUCAAUUACGUCUACAGAGUUAUACUUUGAAGUGGACGAAGACGAUGAAGAAUUUAAGAAGCUCGAUACAGAGGUCCUAAAGUACUGCGAUCACCUCCACGGAAAAUGGUACUUCUCAGAGGUGCGGGCCAUCUUCUCCAGGCGCUACCUACUUCAAAACGUCGGGAUUGAAAUUUUCCUGGCAAGUCGAACCUCGAUUAUGUUUGCGUUUCCCGACCAAUCCACUGUUAAAAGAGUUAUUAAAGCACUUCCUCGUGUCGGAGUCGGCAUAAAAUACGGCAUACCACAAACAAGACGAGCUUCAAUGAUGUCUCCAAGGCAGCUGAUGAGGAAUUCGAACAUGACUCAAAAAUGGCAAAGACGGGAGAUAUCCAAUUUUGAAUAUUUGAUGUUCCUCAAUACUAUUGCAGGACGGACAUACAAUGACUUGAACCAAUACCCAGUAUUCCCUUGGGUUCUGACUAAUUAUGAAGCAAAGGAUCUUGAUCUAAGUUUACCUGCAAAUUACAGAGAUCUUUCAAAGCCGAUUGGUGCUCUCAAUCCAAGCCGAAAAGCUUAUUUCGAAGAACGGUAUAACAGCUGGGAACAUGACAGCAUUCCUCCUUUUCAUUAUGGCACGCAUUAUUCCACAGCUGCGUUUGUUUUAAAUUGGAUGAUUCGAGUUGAACCAUUCACUACCAUGUUUCUCGCUCUUCAAGGUGGUAAAUUUGACCACCCUAACAGGCUUUUCUCUUCUAUCUCAUUAUCUUGGAAAAACUGCCAGAGGGACACAUCAGAUGUUAAGGAGUUAAUUCCAGAGUUGUUCUUUUUGCCGGAAAUGCUCGUCAAUUCAAACGAUUAUAAGCUUGGCCAACAAGACGAUGGUACAUCUGUAGGCAAUGUUGAACUCCCACCCUGGGCUUCGACACCUGAGGAAUUUAUAAGAAUAAAUCGAAUGGCGUUGGAAUCAGAAUUUGUGUCCUGCCAGUUACACCAAUGGAUUGAUUUAAUAUUUGGUUACAAACAACGAGGUCCUGAAGCAGUGCGAGCGACAAAUGUUUUCUAUUAUUUAACUUACGAAGGAAGCAUUGACAUGGAUGGUAUAACAGAUCCGUUAAUGAGAGAAGCAAUAGAGAACCAAAUCCGUAAUUUCGGUCAAACGCCUUCUCAAUUAUUGAUGGAACCACAUCCACCAAGAAGUUCUGCUAUGCACAUGAGCCCGAUGAUGUUUUCGGCUGUGCCAGAUGAUGUUUGUAUGACAAUGAAAUUCCCAUCCAAUUCUGCAAUUUGUCAUAUCUCAGCAAACACUUAUCCUCAGUUACCACUUCCAUCAGUUGUCACUGUGACCGCCAACUACCAAUUUGCAGUCAACAGAUGGAACUCUAACUAUGUUGCCUCUGUUCAACCGCCAAGUUAUGCUGAAGCCCCCCAAAACCAAGCAUCUAAUUUACCACUGUCAAUGGACCCUUUGUUAUUUCAAAAUGCGAGCAAUGUUAACAUGGCCAUGCGGCGCCAUUUGGGGGACAACUUCAGCCAAAAACUCAAGAUCAGGUCGAAUUGCUUCGUUACCACUGUGGACAGCCGUUUCUUAGUCGCGUGCGGUUUUUGGGAUAACAGCUUCAGAGUGUUUUCAACAGAAACAGCCAAAAUUGUUCAAAUUGUUUUUGGCCAUUAUGGAGUUGUCACAUGCUUGUCAAGAUCUGAGUGCAAUAUAACAUCAGAUUGUUACAUCGCAUCUGGUUCUGCCGACUGUACUGUCCUUCUGUGGCAUUGGAAUGCAAGAUCUCAAACCAUAGUUGGUGAAGGUGAUAUACCAACACCACGAGCGACACUUACUGGCCAUGAACAACCGGUGACAGCUGUUGUCAUUUCUGCCGAACUGGGGCUUGUCGUAUCUGCGUCAGUUAAUGGACCAGUUUUAGUCCAUACAACUUUUGGUGAUUUGUUGAGAUGUUUUGAUGCGCCUGAAGGCUUUGUCAGCCCUGAAAGUAUAACUAUGGCCCGAGAAGGUGUAAUCGUAGUAAACUAUGAAAAAGGUAACAUUGCUGCAUUUACAAGCAAUGGGAAAAGGCUAAAAUACGAAAUGCAUGAUGAUAAUCUUCAGUGUUUAUUGUUGAGCAGAGAUGGUGAAUAUUUGAUGACUGGUGGCGACAAAGGUGUCGUAGAAGUAUGGAGGACAUUUAAUCUUACUCUGCUAUAUGCGUUCCCAGCGUGCGAUAGCACAGUUCGUUCUCUUGCUUUGACACAUGAUCAGAAGUUCCUACUUGCCGGACUAGCUGCAGGCUCAAUUGUGAUGUUUCACAUUGACUUCAACAGGUGGCAUCAUGAGUUUCAACAAAGAUAUUAGUCAAGGCUCCAACUUCUUAAAAGAAUUUUCCAUUGCAAAUGUACUUAUUGACUUUAAAAUGCAGAUUAAAUUAGUAAUUAUUAAAUUAAAAAAAAAAACAACUACUGUUUUCUUGUUUUACUGGCUACUUAUUAAUUUAUUAUAUAAUGUCAGAGCGUAUUUAAACUAAAUAAUAUGUUAAUUGUAGGUGUGUUAGUAUUAAUGCAAAUUGUAAUGAAAUAAUUGGUUUUUAAAUUUAUUUAUUGUUUUAAAAUUGAGAAAUAAAAAUAUUGCUCUUUUAAAAUCCUUAAAGAUUAAAAAAAGGAAAAGGAUAAAUGAGUUUAACAUAAAUGACUUUAAAUCUUUUUAUUGUUCGUGUUUAUUUACUUGUAGUGUGUCUAAAAAUAUGAAAUUAUUCAAACCCUUAAGCAAUUUCUUACAGUGCUGCUAGCAUUUAUUACUAGUGACAUAUUGGGUUGAUGGUUAAGCUGUAAAAGCAAUUCCAUGGAGGUCAUAUUAUUUUUUUGUAAAAUAUAGUAUAUUAAUGAUAUGCUGUUACGUCUAAAUACGACGUAUCAAUAUCAUUGAGUGUCAAAAUUAAUAUUAUUUAACUUGAUUGUUUAGCACAACGUACACUAUGUCUCACAACCCAAAAGAAAAAACCUGUAUAACUGGAAAGUAUAAAACAAUUUUGUGCAAAAAAAAAAGAAAGAAUAGUUUACAAUUGUCAAGUGAAUUGAUUAAAACUAUAAAUAAUUAAGCUAGAAAUAGAUUUAAUUUCUCAAAAAAAAAAAAUGUAAGAAUGAUGAGAAGACGGAAUAACGUCAAAAUAUCUGUGCCAAAGUUUUAGAUCACUAUUUGUUAAGUAGGUUUCAAACUGGCCUUUGUAUAUUCUCGAUCCCUCCAAAUGAAUUGUACAAUACAGUAACUAAGAUUUAUCCUGAUACCAGAUGUAUGUAAAUAUAAAUCACACUUGUAUAAUCUCCAGGUUGAACAAUCUAGAAAUUGUGAUAUUUUGCGAAGACAUAAUGUUUGAUAAUAUUUUAAAAUUUAAUAGAAUAAAAAGGAUUUAAACUUUGAAAUCGGUUGCAUUAUUAUUAAGGGGAAUAAUGCAUUUCUUUUGUUGUUGCAACAUUUUAAAAUACACAUAUUCCACACAAA